CCGGGCUCAGCCUGAGGCCUGAGACCCGGGCCGACCCACGGGAGCCGGGAGGGGUCGGACACGAGUAGCAGAGCGCGGGGAGAACCUCUGCGCUCCCAGCCCACCGCCGAGGUCGCGGCACCCCUAUCACGUACCUAGCCUCUCAGGCCCCGGCCUGUCCUCGGUACCGCCACAUCACGCCUAAUAUGGCCGCUUGUGCUGGGACCGGCCCGGUGCACAGAGAGCCGGGCCGAGGUCCGAGGCCAGGUAUCAUGGCCCACGCCUUGAUUGAGGUGGAGCGAAAGUUCAUUCCUGGGCCUGGCACAGAGAAGCAGCUGCAGGAGUUGGGGGGCAUCUUAGAGCACCAGGUCACCUUCUGGGACAGAUACUAUGACACGCCUGAGCUGAGCCUCAUGCGGGCUGACUACUGGCUGCGGCAGCGAGAGGGUAGUGGAUGGGAGCUCAAAUGUCCUGGAACAGCAGGUGUCUCAGGACCCCACCAGGAGUAUGUGGAACUCACAGUUGAGCCUGCAGUUGUGGCCCAGCUCUGUGAGGUGCUGGGGAUUGAGGUCCUGGGGGCAGGAGGUGUGGCAGCUGUGCUGGGCCCACUGGGGCUGCAGGAAGUAGCUAGUUUUGUGACUAAGCGUAGUGCCUGGAAGUUGGUGCUCUCUGGAACUGAUGAAGAGGAGCCUCCGCUCAGGGUGGACCUGGAUACAGCGGACUUUGGCUACACCGUGGGUGAGGUAGAGGCCCUGGUGCACGAGGAGGCUGAAGUCCCAGUUGCCGUGGAGAAGAUCCACAGUGUCUGCAGCAUGCUUGGUGUGCCCGUACAGGAGACAGCACCUGCCAAGCUGAUGGUAUACCUACAGCGUUUCCAGCCUCAGGACUAUCAGCGCCUGCUACAAGUACACAGACUCAGAGAGAAGCCACAGGGGACUAAGGAUCCUGAAGGCAACUUGGGCUAGGGUGUCACUUCCUCAACAGGGAAGAGUCUGAGUCUAACAGGGUUCCCUCCUGGGCUCACUAUGCCUCUUCCCCUGGCCUCCUUCUCACACUGACUCCCCUCUCUCCAGCCCUUCCUGUUCUUUCACCUUACCCUCAGCUAUCCUUCCUUGAGCCCUCCCUGGCUGCCUCCUUUCCCUCAUCCGUCAGAUGCAAUCUGUGGGCCGCCCCUCUCCCCUGGCCGCUAAGCAGCCUCCAUUGAUUUCCGCUCGUGUUUAUAGGAUUUCCACUUAGCUGUGAUCAGUAGUUAAGCACAGGAAAAUCCCUUGCCACCCCCCUCCCUUGGUCGAUGCCAUUGAUUCUGCCAGCGGCUCCUAAACCGCCUUACAGCUGAGUUAGAGAUGAGGGGAGGGAUUUCCCUGCCUUGGGGUGUGGGAAAUAGCAGCAGGUUGGGGAAGUGGGUGAGAAUCUGUCAGAAAUCUAGAAGUUCUGGUUUUACUUUUCGCUCCUGCGCCCUACUCUGGCCCAGAUGGUAGAGUGUCUCCUAUGGAGGUUUAGAGGCAAAUUUGCUCCCCAUCCUGGAAGGGGUAGAAAGAAAAGUCCUCAAUUGUUCAAACAGGUUCCUAAGGCUCAAAGGAAGAUACAUACUUUAGUUUUUGGAUAAGAAAACUCUUCCCUUCUAUGAUUCAUAAACACUUUCUAUCUCAAAUAUACCCAAAUAUGGCUUUUGCCCCUCAGGCUUUAUUGGGCUUUCAUUAUUGGGAAGGCAGGCCCCCACAGUUUUUGCAGAGGCAAGCACAGGCCCAGAGCACCACCUGCUGGUAGCCAAUCACCAGGCUCCAAGUGGCUGGGACCCUGGGGGGGUUCAGGACACAGGAGGAUUUCAGACCGUGAGUGGAGGUUGAGUUACUGCCAUGUCUCCACAGGCAAGUUGUUCACCUCAAAGAUCUCCUGCACCGACUGGCCAAAGUGGUUGUAGGUAAGGCGCAGCUUUAGCCUCAAGGGGGCCUAGGAGUAUGAGAGUGGAGACCAAGGUUAGCACCUGUGAUUUGUACUGUCCCUGGGCCUUAUCAACAGGAAGGGGUUGUGGGUGGGUGCUCUUGAGCUCACCUUGUUAGGAUUGAGGAUUCUGAGGAGCUGGGUCACUGGAAGGCCACCCUGAGCUGGAAGUGUGUCCCCACUGGGGGCCUGUAGCUGCAGCUGGAAACUCUGAACACAGGAGAUUGGGCAGAGCACAGUAAGGCAGCUAGCUGGGCUCAGGCAACCCCUCCACACCCGAGAGUCUCAAACCCUCUUCCCAUAACUUCCCAAGUGCUUGUCCCUGCAUUGUCAUUUCCUUCUCGUUCUUCCUCCCACCCACCCCCUCUACUUAGCCUUUU